AGACAUUCGGUAGAAAUCUGCAGUCAUGGCUCCUUCCGGCGCUUGAUUGAGCCAUUGCCCAUGAAGGUCACAACGCUCGUGGCACGGAGCCAGCGCUGGCCCCAACGACGGCGUGGGCUUGUACUGGCUGCGACGGUGACACUUGUGGUUCUGUUCGAGAAGACAAGGAGUGCAGUGGCCAAUAUCCCUGCGACGUCGCCGGCGACCUACAGAUUGUUCAAGGAGGUCUGCAUCCCACUGGCUGCCCUGUGCAUCGGCUUGCCAUGUCGUCAGAUCGAGUCUCUUCGGACGCCGGCGCAGCUCGCAGUGUACUUCGGUGCUCAGACAGGCAUGCUCCUGUUUGCGAAAGUUGUGAUCUCCAGUGCCGUCGUCUCUGAAGAACUCGGCUUGCAUGGGCUGCCCGGGGCCUUCCUCAUGACUGCCAUACACCAGAUAAUUUGCUUCGUGCUCUUUGGAGCUGGUUUCGUCAUCUCCUGGAUGACACCUUGGCCGUACCGACCAAAGCCGCUGACCAAGCUGAGCGACGUCUACCGAAUACUGCUGUUCUCCGCAGCGUUUGCCGCGAACAUUGGACUCAACAACUUCAGCUUUCAGUUCCUGCCGCUGUCCAUGAACUUGAUAAUCCGAUCCUGCCUCCCCAUUGCCACUGCUAUUGUGCAAGUGCUUGCACAUCCAGCCAAAAUUGCGGCCAAAGGAGCUUUGCAACACAAACAGGAAAUUCUCUGCAUGCUGGCUGGGGUGGCCUGCGCAGCUCUCGCCACACUUGCGCAGUCACAGGCGCAGAGGGGCAGCACCGCGAACUCAGAUGCAAUCCUGACAGGAGUGCUUGUCUGCGUCGUCUCCAUCUUUGCCGGGGCUCUGAACAUGGUCCUGGCCUGCGAGUUGGGAUCAUCCAUGCAGCUAAGUUCGCUAGAUAUGACGUUCUACAUGGGGCUGCCCUCAGCGCUGAUGCUGUUGUUUCCCAGCUUCAUACUGUCACAUCCCAGCUGGCCGGGUCAGCCAUCGAUGACUGAUUUCGAGGUACACUGCAAGGUCUACGACCUGGCUCCCGGGGUGCUUGGUUUAGCGAUGUUGCUGGGUGUCUUUGCUGCAUGGUACAACGUGACGCAGUACUCCUUGGUGCACUCCAUGUCGGCGACGUAUACCACUUUCGCUGGCAAUUUCAACAAGGCUACCGCUAUCGUCAUAUCUUUGGCCGUCGGCCUUGAGAAGCUUCCGGAAGGGGUUUGGGGACAUGUGAUGCUGCUGGCAACCUUGGGAAAUAUCGGUUCCUUUACUGUGUACAGCAUUCUCCAGCUGAAGCAAUGA